AUGCGCAAGGCGCUGAGCGGCCGGGCGGCCGUCAGCGCGCUGGGCGGCGGAGGCGGCAAGGCGGCGGGCGGAGGCGCCAAGGCCGCCAAGAGGGCUUCGGGCGCCAGAGCCGCAGGCGACAGGGACGCCUCGACGUCGCCGCACCCCGAGGACCGCGGUGGCAGCCCCAGCGCCGAGGCGGCGGCGCCGGUCAUGUUGAACGCCCGCGGGGAGCCGGUGGUCGUGGCGCCGAGCGGAGGCAGGCUGCGGGCGUUGUCGCUCAGGCCGCCGAGGGGGUCCCGUGUGGCCCAGCCGAGUUUGCCGAGCCUGGAUGCCGCGGAGCAAGCGCUGGCGAGUCUGGACAAGGACGCACGACGAAUGCGACCCUCCCUGGAGGAGGCGAGGCAGCUGGAGGAGCUGAUAGAGCACACCCUGCGCGAGCAGCAGGAUGAUGCGAAGCAGCCGAGGCAGGGCUUCCGGCGCCCUUCCGUUCACAAAGGCCCCAAGAUCGAGCUGCUGGGCAGAAGCCGAUCGCCCUCGCCUGGCGGCGCCGGUUCCCACGAGGUGGUGCGCAACAGAUCUCAGGAGAGGCAGCUGAAGCCCUCCAGCACCCUUGUCGUGCCGCAGCAGACCAGCGGCAAGAGGCUGAGCGGGACUCCCACCUCCGACGAGCUGCUGCACGAGGCGCCGGAGCUGCAGAGCGGUGAGGAGGCGGACGCCCCUGCCUCCCCGCGCCUGGCGACUCCGAGUGCGUCCUCUAGCGCAUCCUCUGCGGCCCUGGCUGCGCCAGAAGACAGCAGCCCCGCCCCGCAGGCCGCUCCCGACACCCAGCGCAGGGAGAAGGCUGCUGCGAAGCGGAAGGCCGGGGCCGCGGCCGCCAAGAGGCUCCGCCCGGAAGGCUCCCUGCCGACCGCGGGCAGGACCGCGCCCGAGGCCGCGGCGGCCGCGCCGCGGCAGCCCGGCGAGGCGCCGGACGCGCCAUCCCCGGCGCCGGCGGGGCGGAGCUCGCUGGCGCGCGCUGCCUCGGCCUCGCCCGCCAGCCAGGAGACUCCCGGAGGAGGUGACGGCCCCGCUGUCGCGGAGGACGCAGACCUCGCCGCCCCGGCGGCGGGAGGCUCCGACGCAGAGGCGGCCUCGCCUCCGGUGCCGCGGGUCCCCUCGGCCGUCGGGGCCGACUCGCCGGCGUCCACCAGCGAGGCUUCGGCCGAGGAAGAGGAGGCCAUUCCGACGAUUCAGGGGACCAAGGUGGAACUAGUUCCAAAAGAGCCCGUCACCAGCCCGAAGGCGAUGCUGUCGAAAUUUCAGAACGCCGUCAGGAUGGUUCAGCAGGAGAAGGCCAAAAAGAGGCAGCUUACUCUGGAUGUGUUCAGGGAAAUCGUGAAGGAGAGGUCCCGCCAGCAGCUGAUGGCCUUGUCAUGCAAGGAUCUCCGCGAGGAAACUCAGAAAAUGAACGAGUACUCGGAGGAGUUGCAGAAGAGCAUCUUGCAGAUGACAGGCAAGGGUCCCCCGAAGGUCAGAGUGAACGCGAAGCACGAGGCAAACGAAUCUCUCUUCAAGGAGGCCGCCGCCCUGCAACGUGAUCUGAUGGAGCUGCGCGACAACUACCACAAGCUGAGGAAGACCAAGCGGGUGGAGGAUGCCCCCCAGCCCCAGGUGCAGCGGGCAGCCACCCUCGCCGCCCCCGCCGCGCAAAGGCAGCCUCGCGUGUCCGCCGCCAGCAGCGUCAGCAUGGACUUCUCUGGGCUUCCGCAGCCGGGAGCCGCCGCGCCCUCGACGGCGGCCAAGACCUUCCAGUCGGUCCAGAGGCGGAUGUCGUUGGCGAUGAGGCUCAAUAAGAAGGUCAUCUAG